AAUCAAAAAGCUAGCACCCCCCCUCCGCUCUCAAUCUCUGGUUAGCGAAAGGGCUCUCUUUUCUAGUUCAUUGUCUUUGUCUACCAGCUUCUCUCUCGCUGGAAGCGUGUGAAGGUAGGUAGGCUCUCAGGAAGGAGAACAUUAUGGCUUCUGCCAUGGCUUCUUCUGCCCUACAGUCCGCAGGCAAUCUAAUCUCCAAAACCAACCAAUUUAAUCCUCCACUACUGCGACCCAAAUCUGUUCGGGUUCAAAGAAAUCACUCCUCUAGGAUACUCUCUUCCGCUUCCUCCAGUUCCCUCCUGAAUCUGACCAACAUCACCCCGGCAUCCUACCCAGCUACUCUUCGGCGAGAGACAGCACAGACUAGUAUCCGAAAGUCGACGACCACUAAGCCCGGGCAAUCGACGGAAAACGGCGACUCAAAGCCGAAAUGGAAUUUGUUCCAGCAGCUGGCGGCGGCCGCCUUGGACAAAAUCGAAGAGGGUUUCAUAGCGAAAGUGCUGGAGCGGCCGCACCCGCUGCCGAAGACAGCCGAUCCUUCCGUCCAGAUCGCCGGCAAUUUCGCCCCGGUCGACGAGCACUCCCCUUCCUACAAUCUCCCCGUGGAGGGUCGCAUCCCGUCGUUCAUCAACGGCGUCUACGUCCGCAACGGCGCCAAUCCCCUCUUCGAGCCGGUCGCCGGGCAUCACUUCUUCGACGGGGACGGGAUGGUGCACGCUGUCCACCUCAGGAACGGCACCGCCGCCUAUGCUUGCCGGUACACUGAGACAGAGCGCCUCUGUCAGGAGCGCGCCAUCGGGAAGCCCACCUUCCCCAAGGCGAUCGGUGAACUGCACGGCCACUCGGGGAUCGCGCGGCUACUGCUCUUCUAUGCGAGGAGCCUUUUCGGCAUCGUCGACGGCAGCCAGGGGAUUGGGGUGGCAAACGCCGGCCUCGUUUACUUCAACGAUCGCUUGCUCGCCAUGUCGGAGGACGACAUCCCUUACCACGUCCGAAUCACUCCCUCCGGCGACCUGGAGACCGUUGGGAGGUACGACUUCCACAGCCAGCUCCGGUCCUCCAUGAUUGCGCACCCGAAGGUGGAUCCAGUCUCCCGGGAGCUAUUCGCGCUGAGUUACGACGUCAUCCAGAAGCCUUAUCUCAAGUACUUCUACUUCUCGCCCGACGGAAAGAAGUCCCCCGACGUGGAGAUCCCUCUCGACCAGCCAACCAUGAUGCACGACUUCGCCAUCACAGAAAAUUACGUGGUGGUGCCGGAUCAACAGGUGGUAUUCGAGCUGCAGGAGAUGAUUCGCGGGGGCUCUCCGGUCGUCUACAACCGGGAAAAGACUGCCCGCUUCGGUGUCCUGCCCAAGUACGCCUUGGACGCCUCUGAGAUGAGGUGGGUGGAGGUCCCUGACUGCUUCUGCUUCCACCUGUGGAACGCGUGGGAGGAGCCCGCCACAGGCGAGGUGGUGGUGAUCGGUUCCUGCAUGACGCCGGCUGACUCGGUGUUCAACGAGUGCGAUGAGAGCCUUGAAAGCGUCCUCUCGGAGAUCCGGCUCGACCUCAACACUGGCAAGUCGACGCGGCGCCCCAUUCUAGCCUCGGAAGCCCAAUUGAACCUGGAAGCUGGAAUGGUGAACAGGAACCAGUUGGGGAGGAAGACCCGGUACGCCUACCUGGCCAUUGCCGAGCCAUGGCCCAAGGUCUCGGGCUUGGCCAAGGUCGACCUCUCCACUGGGGAGCUGCAGACGUUCAUAUACGGGGACGGCCGGUAUGGGGGUGAGCCAUUCUUCGUGAGGGACGCAAACUCACCGAGGGAGGAUGAUGGCUACGUUCUAUCCUUCGUGCACGAUGAGAAUACGUCCAAGUCGGAACUAGUGAUCCUGAACGCCCGUGAUAUGCUGGUCGAGGCCACCGUGAAACUGCCAUCGCGCGUUCCCUAUGGCUUCCAUGGGACAUUCAUCAACGCAAGGGAGUUGGAGACACAGGCGUGACGAUUCCCUUCUUGCUUUUGCCGGAGGAGACUUCCUGAGAGAUGCCUGUCGAGCACCCCGGAGUCACCUCUGUUCUAGUUUGUUGGUUAUUUUGUGCUUCGGAGCUCUGUUUUUUCAUCAGUUACGUUACGGUUAGUGGCAGUUAGGACCGAUAGAGAGUACAUGCGCGAGACCAGCUUGUAGCUUUUGGGGUUGUUUAGGUAGGUGCCUGCCGAGCUCAGUUGGUCUUUUUUUUGUUUGUUUACCCCUUUUUUUCUUUUACCUACAGAUAUAUGACACCCAGUUACUCCCAGAUGUAAUAACAAACCCACUCGCCACCAUGCCGUUUGUGCACUGAGGGGUUCAGUGGUUAAUACGUUCAGUGAGGAAAGUGGCGGGCCUCCCCCAGUGCUUCCUCUGUUUGUGUACAUUGCUCAGUUCGUGCAAUACAUAUUGUUCUUCUACCAUGUCAGCCGCUCUUCUCUUUCGAAUAAACUUUUUGGUUGCAACUCUACAUUUCUUUAAAAUGGACCACAGCAAAAACUCUAGAUGAUUAAUUGGAAGGACUCAAACUGCGGAAUUUGAGAUCUUUGCUGGAGAAUUAGGAGGUGGGGCGAUGGGAGCACGUGGUGGAUGGCGAAGAUCGUUUCAAGGAUGGGCCAACUUUGAGACGCAAAAUUGAAUGACUGAU